CCUUCAUCAAGCUUGCGUGGCACUGGUUGUAACAUUAUCAUCAUCAUUCCUUCUCUUGCCCUUCGUGAUUACCUCCUCCAUCAACCUUUGUCAGUCUCUCCUGUUCAAGUCAUCUCUAUUCUCCCUUCGCUGGUCAGCGAUGGCGGACUCCAGCUAAGCCUCAGUUGGCGGCCCUCUGUCUGGCUUGGCCAGCACUCGAUCUGCUUCAUCUUCUUCAUCUCCCAGUUGUCCGGCCUUUGUUUGGCGAUCUACACGAAAUUUGUUGACGGUUUUGCGGUAAGCUAG